AUGCACCGGCCUUCGAAUUCUGUCAUCGGGUUCUCAUCCGAUGCCCCGCCAUCUCAGACUGAUGUGUUUCCCUCUCUUAGCGAAACAACAUUCUCACGCAGAUGUGAUGAGGCAAAGCCAAAUUGUCAGGAAUGUAUCACGCGAGGAUACGCAUGCCCCGGUUACCAAAAGCAGAGCUUGCAGUGGCGAUAUGUUUUCAAAGGCAGCGAAGAGCCCAGUAAGCCAGCACCACCGAUCGAGUCCCCCGCAACGGUUGCGACCGAAAUUUCCGAAGUGAACAAUCCAACACAGGAGGAAAAAGACAAUCUUCAAAAUGAAACACAGAAUAUCUGGGAUACGACAGCCUUUUCAAACCUCUUUGACCAGUUGCCGGAUUUUGAUGAGCCAACAGAUGCCUGGUUCUACAUCGAGCCGGGAUCUAAUGGUACAGCUUUCGCGAAGCCUGAUUCCGAGCUGGAUGGGUUGUCGAUUUUGCGUCAACGACUGGCCAACACCUCCGUCCCCUCCUUUCUCAUCCAACUGCCAGUGAUGUUGGUGCAAUAUUACUUUCAUACGGUUUGUAACCAAUGGUCAUCUUUUGACUGUCCCCUCAAUCCUUUCCGAACUAUUGUCAGCCGGCUCUGGAGUCGAAAUGCGGCGAUUUACUUUGCUAUCCAGAGCAUGUCAGCUGCCUCGUUGGCCAACGAUUUUCCAACCAUGCGGGCCAUCGGAAUACAGACACAACAGCAAGCAAUCGCGUGCCUGAAUAACAGUGUCCAAAAGAGUUCCACUCAGACAAAAGACGAUGAGUACUUCCUAGCACUACUCAUGAUUGGAUCCACCACUGGGUGGCACGAUGCUUCAGAUUUGGGACUUCCAUAUCUGAGAGCGGCCCAAGACCAUCUUCUGAGACAAGAACGCCAGUGCAAGAAUGCAAACUCUGCCCUCGCAAAACAACAUCCACUUUUCAAACAGUGUCUCCUUUGGUGGAGCUUACUAGCUGCCUUUGUGGCAGAGGAGUCGUCUAUUCUGGAGGUGGAAAGCUCUAUAGAAAACAGCGACACGGAUCUUUCAGUCUAUCUUGUCGAUGGGCAGAUCUUACCGCAUCCGUGGACAGGGUCUCUGAGAUACUCAUUGAGUCUCUUCUAUCGAACUGCAAGAGUAAUCCGAGCCGCAAGAACCUCCCACCGCCGAAGGCCAGAGGCUUUGAAUCCCACCUUGAUUGACUUGAGCUCCAUGGCGGAAGAAUUCGAUCUCAGACAGAAAGCCGAACAGCUCGAGGACAGAAUUCUCUUCACUGGCUUCUCAUUCUAUUGUGGGCCUGUCGAUAUCGGUGAUUCAAACACGCCGCCGUCGCAUUUUCUUACGUUGGCCGAGGCAUAUCGCUGUACGGCACUAUUACAAAUUUACCAUGUUUUCCCGGAAAUCCUUGAAGAACGACUACGAAGUAAUCAAACUGCGGAUGGCGAAAGUCCUAUCCCGGCCCUUUUUUUGUUGUUGUUCCCAAUAGCCGCCGAAUGGUCAUCGUGCUCGGUGGAAGACACACGACACACCCUGGCACUGCACAUUGUAUCCCUCUUGGAGCAGCUUCCUUCAACGUCUGGAACGAAGGUUAUGCAGCCCAUAGUUCUAGCAUGCAUAUCUAGCGAUCUUGUUUUCUCGUCUGGGUCUGUGCUUGGCGCCACGGAAAAUUCGAUUCCCAGUCUGAAUACGCUGGAUGUUGAAAUUGCCCAGGCCAGACGAAAGGUUAAGAUGCGGUUGUCUGAACUUAUUUUAAUCCUACCAAAGCUGCCAAUGCAACGUAUUUUUAACGUUGUGUAUGAGACUUGGGAUCGUGCGGACUCCGGUUUAGAAGAGUUCUGGCUGGAUGUUAUGCUGGAUUUGAAUUUGGAAACAAUUAUGGGAUAG